CCGCCCUCCGUCGCGGCGGCGCGGUGCACCCUGGGACAGGGAGCGAUCUCCGAGCGAGGCAGCAAGAUGGACGCGGGAUUCUUCCGCGGAACAAGUGCAGAACAGGAUAAUCGGUUCAGCAACAAACAGAAGAAGCUACUGAAGCAGCUGAAAUUUGCAGAAUGCCUAGAAAAAAAGGUGGACAUGAGCAAAGUAAAUUUGGAGGUUAUAAAGCCUUGGAUAACAAAACGAGUAACGGAAAUCCUUGGGUUUGAAGAUGAUGUUGUGAUUGAGUUUAUAUUCAACCAGCUGGAAGUGAAGAAUCCAGACUCCAAAAUGAUGCAAAUCAACCUGACUGGGUUUUUGAAUGGAAAAAAUGCUAGAGAAUUUAUGGGAGAACUGUGGCCCCUGCUGUUAAGUGCACAAGAAAACAUCGCUGGAAUCCCUUCUGCUUUCCUAGAACUGAAGAAAGAAGAAAUAAAACAGAGACAGAUUGAACAAGAAAAGUUGGCAUCUAUGAAAAAGCAAGAUGAAGACAAAGAUAAGAGGGAUAAGGAAGAAAAAGAAAGCAGCAGAGAAAAACGGGAGAGAUCUCGAAGCCCAAGAAGACGCAAAUCCAGAUCUCCUUCCCCUAGAAGACGAUCUUCCCCUGUCAGGAGAGAGAGAAAGCGCAGUCAUUCUCGAUCUCCCCGUCACAGAACCAAGAGCCGGAGUCCUUCCCCUGCUCCAGAAAAGAAGGAAAAAACUCCAGAGCUCCCAGAACCAUCAGUGAAAGUAAAAGAACCUUCAGUACAAGAGGCCACUUCUACUAGUGACAUCCUGAAAGUUCCCAAGCCUGAACCUGUACCAGAGCCUAAAGAACCUUCUCCAGAGAAAAAUUCCAAAAAAGAAAAGGAAAAAGAGAAGACCCGACCAAGAUCUCGGUCUCGUACCAAAUCAAGAUCCCGGACACGUUCUCGCUCUCCUUCUCAUACUCGACCUAGGCGGCGCCAUAGAUCUCGAUCAAGAUCAUACUCACCUAGAAGGCGGCCAAGCCCAAGAAGGCGACCAUCUCCUCGAAGAAGAACUCCACCAAGACGAAUGCCUCCUCCACCAAGGCAUAGAAGGAGUAGAUCUCCAGUGAGACGAAGAAGGCGUUCAUCAGCAUCCCUGUCUGGGAGUAGCUCAUCAUCCUCUUCAUCUCGUUCCCGGUCACCGCCAAAGAAGCCUCCUAAGAGGACGUCCAGCCCCCCUCGAAAAACUCGUAGGUUAUCUCCUUCAGCAAGUCCUCCGAGGCGAAGGCAUAGGCCAUCACCUCCAGCAACUCCACCGCCAAAAACUCGUCAUUCCCCAACACCCCAGCAGUCAAACCGUACAAGAAAAAGUCGCGUUUCUGUCUCUCCAGGGAGAACUUCAGGUAAAGUGACAAAACAUAAAGGUACUGAGAAAAGAGAGUCUCCUUCACCAGCACCCAAGCCUAGAAAAGUGGAGUUAUCUGAAUCAGAAGAAGAUAAAGGUGGCAAAAUGGCUGCAGCAGAUUCUGUGCAGCAGAGACGCCAGUACAGACGACAGAACCAGCAGUCUUCAUCUGAUUCUGGCUCCUCCUCUUCCUCAGAAGAUGAGCGACCCAAGAGGUCCCAUGUGAAGAACGGUGAGGUAGGCAGGCGGCGGAGACAUUCCCCUUCCCGGAGUGCCUCUCCAUCACCUCGAAAGCGCCAGAAAGAGACCUCCCCUCGGAUGCAGAUGGGAAAGCGAUGGCAAUCGCCAAUGAAUAAAAGUGGUAGACGGAGGAGAAGUCCCUCCCCAGCACCCACCAGAAGACGACGUUCUCCUUCUCCUGCUCCUCCUCCUCGACGGCGCAGGUCUCCCACACCACCACCGCGACGAAGGACUCCUUCUCCUCCCCCACGUCGGCGCUCACCUUCCCCAAGAAGAUACUCUCCUCCAAUACAGAGGAGAUACUCCCCUUCUCCACCUCCAAAGAGAAGAACGGCUUCUCCUCCUCCCCCUCCUAAACGAAGGGCAUCACCAUCUCCACCACCAAAGCGUCGAGUCUCCCAUUCUCCACCUCCCAAACAAAGAAGCUCCCCAGUCACCAAGAGACGUUCGCCUUCAUUGUCAUCAAAGCAUAGGAAAGGGCCUUCCCCAAGCCGGUCUACCCGGGAGGCCCGGUCACCACAACCAAACAAACGGCAUUCGCCCUCACCACGGCCUCGAGCUCCUCAGACCUCAAGUCCUCCACCUGUUCGAAGAGGAGCAUCAUCAUCACCCCAAAGAAGGCAGUCCCCAUCUCCAAGUACAAGGCCAAUUAGGAGAGUCUCCAGGACUCCGGAACCCAAAAAGACAAAAAAGGCUGCCUCUCCAAGCCCUCAGUCUGUAAGGAGGGUCUCAUCCUCCCGAUCUGUCUCAGGAUCUCCUGAGCUAGCAACUAAAAAGCCCCCAGCACCUCCAUCCCCUGUCCAGUCUCAGUCACCCUCUACCAACUGGUCACCAGCGGUACCGGUCAAAAAGGCUAAAAGCCCAACACCAAGCCCGUCACCGGCAAGGAAUUCGGACCAAGAAGGAGGUGGAAAGAAGAAGAAGAAAAAAAAGGACAAGAAACACAAAAAGGAUAAGAAGCACAAGAAGCACAAAAAACACAAGAAGGAAAAGUCUGUGGCUGCGGCUGCUGCAGCCGCUGUAACCCCUGCAGCCAUUGCUGCCCCCACCACCACUUCAGCACAGGAAGAACCAGAGGCAGAGCCCGAGCCUCAGAAGGAGACUGAAAGCGAAGCCGAAGAUAACCUUGAUGACUUAGAAAAGCACCUGCGUGAAAAGGCCCUGAGGUCAAUGCGGAAGGCUCAAGUGUCCCCACAGUCUUAGGUGGAAAUGUUUGUUAUGAUGUAAAUUUUAUUUGGUUUGUACGCAAUUCAAUUUCAAAAUUGCUAAAAUGUGUUUGAGCUUUAGACUAUAACAUUUGUUGUAAUAAUUGCUAGGUUGAAGUUCACCAUGUAAAAAAAGGGCAUGGAUUUACAUUGCAAAAGAUGUCCACAGUGUGUUAGUGACAUUCUUUCAUUGAGAGCUGACAUAAAUUCAUUUAGAGUGAAAUAUUUUAAGCCAAAAGAAAUCCCUUUUUUAAAAAAGGGGGUUUAAAUAUUGUUGGCAUUCUUAUGGUUCGUUUAAAUGCCCCUGGCUAUUCUGAGAUUUUUCUUUCUUUUUUUUUUUCCUUUUCUUUACUUUUUCUCAUUUGAGUCUUAGCCACCCAUUUAAGUUAUGAUGCUUCCAACCUUGUAUGGUUUGCAAACUUGCCCAAAAAUAAGACCACUGUUGAACUACCACAAAAGCAUAAAUGAGUAUUUUAAUGCCACAAUCUUUCCUGUUGCCUGUGGAGUCUCUGCUGAAAUGAAUCAGGAUUUGAGCUCUAGAAUGAGACAGAAAAUGAAAGCAUGUUGUUGCCAGGGCACUGUGGGUUUAUAUUGAUGUGUAACAAGUCGAUUUGGAACACUGGAAUUUCAUUCUAUUCUGUUGUGUUUUUCUUUCUUUUUUUUUUUUUUUUUUUUUUUUUUUUUUUUUGUAAAGGCAAUUAGCAGUCCCAGGAAGGAUCCUUCAGUUAUAUAAAAUUGUGUCGUAUGAAAUGUCAUGGCUUCACUCAUAAUUUUGUCUUGUUCUUCCGAUUGGUGUAUACAACUUGCAGAGCUCUUGUAUUUGGAAGGCUGGAAGGGCCCAGACUUGGAAAUAGUGUAUUGUUUUCACUGUUUUUGUUUUUUGUUUUUGUUUUUUUUUUUUUUUAACUAAAGCUAUAUAAAGCUGUGGAUUAAACAGAAUAAAUUUCUAAAUUUAAAAAUG